AUGGGGAACCACAAGAAGCUGCUCCAGUUCCUGCGGCCGGACCCGGCGGUGGCGACGGCGCCGGUGAAGUCAUCGUCCACGACGUCGGACGACGAGGACGACGACGACUACUCCUACACGCCGGCGACGCCGACCACGAGCGCGAGCGCUAGCACGGCGGCGUCGCCGUACGCCGCGUCCCCGUGGACGCAGCUCCCGGGUCUCGUUGGCAGCGGUGCGGCGGAGGACGCCGCGACGACCAACAAGCAGUGGACGGGGCUCCUCGGCUCGCUCGUCAAGGAGGGCGGCGGCCACGUGUACUCGCUUGCCGCGGCGGGGGACCUGCUGUACACGGGCACGGACUCGCGGAACGUGCGGGUGUGGCGGGACCGCCGCGAGCUGGGCGGGUUCCGGUCGGGGAGCGGCCUCGUGAAGGCCAUCGUGGUGGCCGCCGACGGCCGCAUCUACACGGGGCACCAGGACGGGAAGGUGCGCGUGUGGCGGCGCGCGUCGUCGGAGAAGGGGGACGACCCCACCGGUGCCGUGCAGCACCGGCGCGUGGGGUCGCUGCCCCGGUUCCGGGACGUGCUGCGGAGCUCGCUCCGGCCGUCGCAGUACGUGCAGACGCGGCGGCGGCACAGCGGCCUCUGGAUGCGGCACUUCGACGCCGUGUCGUCGCUGAGCCUGGACGCCGCGGCGGGGCUCAUCUACUCGGCGUCCUGGGACCGCACCUUCAAGGUGUGGCGGGUGUCCGACUCCAAGUGCCUCGAGUCCGUGUACGCCCACGCCGACGCCGUCAACGCCGUCGCCGCCGUGGGCUUCGACGCGCUCGUGCUCACGGGCUCCGCCGACGGCACGGUCAAGGUGUGGCGGCGCGGGGCGAAGACGAAGGCGGGGAACAACAGCAAGAAGAAGGGCCGCCGGGACGACGGGGACACGUGGCACACCAUGGAGCGCGUGCUGCGGGAGGGCGACAGCGCGGUCACGGCCAUCGCGGUGGCCGUGGAGGCCCGCGUGGUGUACGUCGGCUCCUCCGACGGCGCCGUGUCGCACUGGCAGUGGCGUCGCGGCGCGGCCCCCGGCGCCGCGCCUCGGAACGGCGGCGCGCUGCGAGGACAUAAGAUGGCCGUGCUGUGCCUCGCCGUGGCCGGCCGCGUCGUCGUCAGCGGGUCCGCCGACCGGACCAUCAACGUGUGGCGCCGCGAGGAGGGCGCCGACCACGCCCGCCUCGCCGUGCUCACGGGCCACACGGGCCCCGUCAAGUGCGUCGCCAUGGACGAAGAGGAGGUGGACGACGCCGCCCCUCGCCGGUGGGUCGUGUACAGCGGCAGCCUCGACGGGUCCGUCAAGGUGUGGCGCGUCUCCGACUCGGACGGCGGCGGGGGCCUGACGACGUCGGCGACGACGACUCCCGCGCGCUACAGCUGGAAGGGCUCGUGGACGCCCUACGCGGAGGCGCCGGAGCCGAGGCACAUGGGCGCGGCGUGA